AUGUCCGGUGGGUUUGGAGGAUUUGGGACAGCAACUACAACAGCAGGAUCUGCAUUCAGCUUUUCUGCUCCAGCUAACACAGGCACUACUGGACUUUUUGGUGGUACUCAGAACAAAGGUUUUGGAUUUGGUACUGGUUUUGGCACAACAACUGGAACUAGUACUGGUUUAGGUACUGGUUUGGGAACUGGACUGGGAUUUGGAGGAUUUAAUACACAGCAGCAGCAGCAGCAGCCAUCUACAUUAGGUGGUCUCUUCAGUCAACCUACACAAGCUCCUGCCCAGUCAAACCAACUGAUAAAUACUGCAAGUGCUCUUUCUGCUCCAACGCUGUUAGGAGAUGAGAGAGAUGCUAUUUUGGCAAAAUGGAAUCAAUUGCAGGCCUUUUGGGGAACAGGAAAAGGAUAUUUCAACAAUAACAUUCCACCAGUGGAUUUCACACAAGAAAAUCCCUUUUGUCGAUUUAAGGCAGUAGGUUAUAGUUGUAUGCCCAAUAAUAAAGAUGAAGAUGGGCUAGUGGUUUUAGUUUUCAACAAAAAAGAAACAGAUAUUCGAAGCCAGCAACAGCAAUUGGUAGAAUCUUUGCAUAAAGUUUUGGGAGGAAACCAGACCCUUACUAUAAAUGUAGAAGGUAUUAAAACAUUGCCAGAUGAUCAGACAGAAGUUGUCAUUUAUGUUGUUGAGCGUUCUCCAAAUGGUACUUCCAGGAGAGUUCCAGCUACAACACUAUAUGCCCAUCUUGAGCAAACCAAUAUAAAAACACAGCUACAGCAACUUGGUGUAACCCUUUCUAUGAUGAGAACAGAACUUUCUCCUGCACAGAUCAAACAGCUUUUACAGAAUCCUCCUGCUGGUGUUGAUCCUAUUAUCUGGGAACAAGCCAAGGUGGAUAACCCUGAUUCUGAAAAGUUAAUUCCUGUACCAAUGGUGGGUUUCAAAGAACUUCUUCGAAGACUGAAGGUUCAAGAUCAGAUGACUAAGCAGCAUCAGACCAGAUUAGAUAUCAUAUCAGAAGAUAUUAGUGAAUUACAGAAGAAUCAAACUACAACUAUGGCCAAAAUUGCACAAUACAAGAGGAAACUCAUGGACCUUUCCCAUAGAACCUUACAGGUAAUAAUUUAGAUAUUUUUUCACAUUUAUAAGACUAUGUGAUAGAAGUGCUAAAUAUGGAUUUUUGCAAUAGAAAAACAGACCAAAAGGUACUAGUAAUAGUCUGAAACUGAAAGUACUAAACUUUCUCAGUAAAACCUGGAAGCUGGAGGAGCGGUCUCACAGGAUUGGGUGAAGAAAGUUAAAAAUAUUCUGAAAUUCACAUCGUACUGAGAGGGUGGGGGAAAAGCAGUAAAAUAAAUCAUCUUGAUGUAAGGAAAUCAGAUCAGUAUCUGGUUUUCA